UAAUAAUAUAUCCAACGUGUGAACCCACGAACAACCGUCACACCACCACCACUCCUCCUCCUUGAAUAGACAGACACCAACCUGUCUUCUUCUUCUUCAACAAAACCCCAAAAUCCCCCUUUUUUUUCCCGGCCACUAACAAACCACCACCGAUGGGGAUCGAUUACUACAACAUCCUCAAAGUCAACCGUAACGCCAGCGUCGAAGACCUCAAAAAAGCCUAUCGUCGUCUCGCCAUGAUCUGGCAUCCCGAUAAAAACCUCAACAAGAACAAAUCCGAAGCAGAAGCAAAAUUCAAACAGAUUUCCGAAGCUUACGAUGUCCUCAGCGACCCUCAGAAGCGCCAGAUCUACGAUCUCUACGGAGAAGAAGCGUUAAAGUCCGGUCAAGUUCCUCCGCCGCCGCCGUCGUCCUCCGGCCGCAGUUACUACGCCGGAAACCACCACUACAAUAAUAGCACUCAUAGUAACAACAACAACAACAACAAUAAUCAUAAUAGUAAUGGUCACCAGCAUCCGAACCCUAAUUUUAGGUUUAACCCUAGGGAUGCAGAUGAUAUAUAUGCGGAGUUGUUUGGUGGAGAUGCUGCUGCUGGUGGUGGUAGUAGUGGGAGGGGGUUUAAGGAGGGGUAUUUUAGGAAUGUGAAUGGUGGAGAGAGUUCUUCCGGGAAGAAGGCUCCUGCUUUAGAGAAUGUGUUGAAUUGUAGCUUGGUUGAUCUUUAUAAGGGUGCUAAGAAGAAGAUUAAGAUCUCCAGAACGGUUCUUGAUUCGUCCGGUAGGAUUCGGACCGUGGAGGAGAUCUUAACCAUUGACAUAAAACCUGGAUGGAAAAAGGGCACAAAAAUUACUUUCCCGGAAAAGGGUAAUCAAGAACCCGGUGUGAUAGCAGCUGACAUAAUAUUUGUAGUAGAUGAAAAACCGCAUGACGUUUUCACAAGGGAAGGUAAUGAUUUAGUGGUGAAUCAAGAAAUAUCACUAUUGGAAGCUCUCACCGGGAAGACCAUUGAACUCACAACUCUUGAUGGAAGACAUCUAGCGAUUCCAGUGACGGAAAUGGUGAAACCGGGAGAUGAACUAACGGUUCCUAAUGAAGGAAUGCCAAUUUCUAAAGACCCUAGAAAGAAAGGAAACUUGAGGAUCAAGUUUGAUGUCAGAUACCCAUCAAGGCUUACUGCUGAACAGAAAUCUGAUUUGAGGAGAGUUUUGGGUGGAAGCUGAUAAUUUAGGUAUUUCGAUUUCUUUUUUGAAAGUCAAAAUCAGGUUUAAAAAAAAAACCCAUGUCAAAAUCUUGUAUAUGAUUCAGUUUGGAGCAUGGUUUUUUUUUUUUUUUUUCGUUUUUGGGAUUUCAGGGGUUGUUUAUGUGGGAGAGUAAACUAUUGAGGCCAUUGGUUUCACUCACAUCACCCGUUGGUGUUUCUUGAUACUUGUCUCAUAUUUAUGAACUGUAACUGGCAGGGUCUGUAGUAGGAUUUUUUUUUUUUUUUCGUUUUACAUGGCACUUUUAUAUAUUCUUUUUCCUGGUUUUAUACUGAUUUUGCGAAAUCGAAGCUGCAAAAAGACGAAACUCUCUCUGGAUACUGGGCUGUGGAGCAAGCCCCCCUCUUAAUUUUGUUUUUUGAUAUAUAGUUAAUUUUGUUUAUUUGUUCAUUUAUCUAAGUUAAACAAUUAUUGAAAA